AUGGCUAGCGUACAGCCUGGUCAUUCCCAGGGCGACCUGCUUGACGACGAAUCCCUCCUGGACGACGACUUGAUUGAAGCCGACCAUGAUAUUGAGGCCGACGAUCCCCUACACACAUCCGACACAGCUCCGUUACGAGGCAACAUCGCUCCCGAGUCCAGCUCCCGAGGCAAUCGCGCAGAUGGCUACGGAAACUACCUCACUUCAUCGAUCCCCGGUGAGGAUCGUCGAGCAACUCAAAAUACCAUUGACGAGAGUGUCUGGGAAACACUCUCCCGCGAUCUGAUCGCUGUCUGGGAGAAGAUGCGCCAAGUGCUUUGGCCCAAGUAUUUGCUAGGCGGCAUGUUGCAGCGCAGCGGCGGAGGGAUGGGCGAUGCUGCUGAGCGGGGUGAAGCAACAGGGUUCGGCCGUAACCUGCGCGGGCUCGUGGGUCGCUGGCCCGAUGCAGAUAUGGUGUUGCAAGGUGGUUUGAGCGAAGGGUUGCGUGACUGGGAUCUCUGGGGUCCGCUUGUCUUUUGUCUUGUGCUGAGUUUGUUCCUGUCCAUUGCCAAGGGUGACCAAGCGUCAAAUGUCUUUUCGGGUGUUUUCUGCAUCGUCUGGGUCGGAGAAGCCGCCGUCACGUUGCAGAUCAAGCUUUUGGGAGGAAAGAUAUCUUUCUUCCAGUCAAUUUCUAUCAUCGGUUAUACGCUAUUUCCCCUGGUCAUCGCUGCGCUUCUGAGCGCUGUUGGUCUUCCAACCAUUGCCAGAAUACCUGUCUAUCUCGUCUUGGUGGCAUGGUCUCUGGCGGCUGGUGUGAGUAUCCUGGGUGGCUCCGGGGUGCUGCGCAACCGUGUGGGCAUCGCGGUCUAUCCACUCUUCGUGUUCUACAUUGCGAUUGGGUGCCUAUGUUUCAUUAGUUAG